CUGUGUUGUACAGAAUGUAAAACUGCUUUUUAUUGCUCUUAGUAUUUGAAGCUCUUAGGCCAUAAAGAAAUCAGAAAAUUUUCUAAUUUUUCAAAUAAAAACGAGUUUAGAAAAGAACAAAGGACAAUCUUAAAUUCAAAAUGCUAUUCUUCAUCAGAACAUCAGCAAAACGAUUGGGUAAGCUUACAUAAGGACAUCUGUAAUAAACUUUUAAACCUUCAAAUGAAAGCAAGUUCAACCGUAAAAGGAAGUCGUCAAAUUCGACAAGAGAUUGAAAAAUUAAAGAAAGAGAUUUAUGUCAUUGCUACGCUGAAAAUGGAAGAAUAUUUCAUGGAAGGAAAGUACCAUCUCAGUUUGCCUGCAUUAUCACAGUGUUUACAAUGGUGCCCGGAAUUGUUCGGAGAUAACUCUAAAGAAUUCAUCAUUCCUUAUUCUAUUCUUGCUGAAAUAUGCCUGGACUGUAAGGAUCUUCAACAAGCCACUCAUGCAAUUUCGUUCGCCGAAUGGAUAGAUAAAAAAACUAAACACAAAUCUGAUAACAAGAUUUUGGCUACAUUGAAUAGAGCCAGGGGACGUUUAAGUUUAGCCGAAAAUAAGCUGAAAAAUGCAAUAUAUUUCUUCUCGGAAAAUAUUGUCUACGCUGUUGAAUUGUUGGGUAUGAAUCACGUUGGUACUGCUUGUAGUUAUUAUUAUUUAGGAGAAGCUUUAUAUAGAAAUGGCGAUAAACAAGGAUCGUUUUCUGCUUUACAAAAGAUGGCUACAUUAUGGGAAGAGUGCCUCAUGGAUGGAGUUUCAGUGUCGUGGGUAGAAGAAUUGAAGAAUAAGUCAAGCGUUGAUCCUCCUCAAAUCGCUGCAGAUCAUUGCCAAAUUGUGGAAGGUUUUAGAAUGACGUUAAUGUUGGCAGAAUGGUGCUAUGAAUUGAGUGGAGAUAACAAUUCAUCUGUUUUUCUUAAACUCAUGUUCUCUUCCUUCCAUUCAGCUGGAAUGUUUUACCUGCUUGAGCACGAUUUAAACAAAGGAAAAGACUGCUUUUACCAAGCCAAUUUAGCAGGAAUUCAAUGUUACCGUGAUAGCAUUAUUGAUCCGAUUGACAAGGAACUGAAACACGUGACAGAUAUAUUUGCUAUCUUAAAUAAAUAGCAUAUGAAUGUAAAUAUCCUAUUUACGAAUAUAAAAAUUAAUACAAAAAUAUUGUUUUAUGAAUUCGAAUUACUUAAUGUUAUUGUAUUUACUAAAUAUUGUAUAAUGUAUUAUAUGUACGAUAUAUACUGUAAUUUUCUAAAUUUACUGAUCAAAUUUCCGAAUAAAUAUAUUUACUU